GGCGGGGGCAUCGUCCUGAGGUCAAUAAAACAGCUUUCACUUUGUAAACUCUGCUCGGGUCGCGCACCCUCCGAACUGCGGGGAAUGAGCCGCGCCGGCCGCCGUAGUCAGCUGCUAGGAGCAGGAAGUAUCCCAGCAGCGGGCGGAGACUGCACCAUGGCCCCGGACCCCUGGUUCUCCACGUACGAUUCCACGUGUCAGAUAGCCCAAGAAAUUGCUGAGAAGAUUCAAGAACGAAAUCAGUGUGAAAGAAGAGGUGAGAAGACACCUAAGCUUACCUUGACAAUCAGAACGUUGUUGAAGAAUCUGAAGGUAAAGAUCGACCUUUUGAAGGACUUACUGCUAAGAGCCGUGUCGACACGCCAGAUAACGCAGCUGGAGGGGGAUCGAAGACAGAACCUGCUGGAUGACCUUGUCACCCGAGAGAGAUUGCUCCUGGCAUCGUUUAAGAACGAGGGUGCAGAGCCGGAUCUGAUCAGGUCCAGCCUGAUGAGCGAAGAAGCAAAGCGAGGCACUCCCAACCCUUGGCUCUCUGAGGAGCCGGAGGAGACCAGAGGUUUGGGGUUUGAUGAGAUUCGGCAACAGCAGCAGAAAAUCAUUCAAGAACAGGACGCGGGUCUUGAUGCCCUUUCCUCUAUCAUAAGUCGCCAAAAACAAAUGGGCCAGGAAAUUGGAAAUGAACUGGAUGAACAGAACGAGAUCAUUGACGACCUUGCCAACCUCGUGGAGAACACAGAUGAGAAGCUUCGCACCGAAGCCAGGAGAGUGACCCUGGUGGACAGAAAGUCAACUUCCUGUGGGUCCCUUUUGCGCCCUCUGUCAUCCUCACGUGGGUCCGCUUGCUGUACCUUCCUAGGGAUGAUCAUGGUGAUUUUAUUGCUGCUCGUGGCUAUUGUGGUCGUUGCAGUGUGGCCAACCAACUGAUAGAAAUAAAGGGACCACCCGCUGUGACACCUGCCAAUGAUGAAUGAAAGCCCAGCACCCUUUUGGUACACAACACCUGCUCUCAAUAAAUUCUCCACCCGC